CUUUUUCAUUUUGUUUCGUUUCUCACCAAUGUCCCACUUUGCCACCGUCCCACUCGCGCCUCCCGAUGCCAUCUUUGGCGUUGCUGCAGCAUGCACUGCCGACAAGCAUCCCAACAAGGUCGAUCUUGUGAUUGGCGCUUACCGCACGGAAGAGUGCGAGCCGUGGAUUCUGCCGGUCGUGCGCCAGACUGAGCUGCGCAUUGCCGAGACGCAGCACGAUCACGAGUACCUGUCGAUCGACGGCCUCGCAGACUUUACGAACGCGUCUGCGCGGUUUGUGCUGGGCCACGACUCCAAGGACAUGGCCGAGGGCCGCGUCUGCGCAGUGCAGGCAAUCUCGGGCACGGGCGCCCUCCGUCUUGGCGGCGAGUUUCUGCGCCGGUUUUACACGCCGUCGCAGACCAUCUACGUGUCAGACCCGACGUGGAGCAACCACUUUAGCCUCUUCAAGGAGGCCGGGCUGACCGUCAAGACAUACCGCUACUUUGACAAGGCGACCAAGGGCGUCGCCUUCACCCAGUUUGUCGAGGAUCUCAAUGCAAUGCCCGAGGGCUCGAUCGUCCUGCUGCACGCCUGCGCGCACAAUCCCACGGGCGCCGAUCCGUCGCGCGAGCAGUGGGCGCAGCUGGCCGAUCUUUUCAUUGCGCGCAAGCUCUUCCCGUUCUUUGACAGCGCCUACCAAGGGUUUGCCACCGGCGACGUCGACAACGAUGCGUACGCAGUCCGGUUGUUUGCUGCGCGUGGCAUUGAGCUGUUCAUCGGCCAGUCGUACUCGAAGAACUUUGGCUUGUACAACGAGCGUGCUGGCUGCAUCACGGCCGUCGCUGCCGACAAGGACGCCGCCCAACGCAUGCGCUCGCAGUUCAAGCUCAUUGUCCGUGCCAUGUUCUCCAACCCGCCCAACCACGGUGCUCGCAUUGUCGGCACCAUCUUGAACUCGCCCGAGCUGUACAAGGACUGGCACCGCGACCUCAACGUCAUGGCGGAUCGCAUCAAGCUCAUGCGCCGCAUGCUCUACGACAAGCUCGUCGAGCUCAAGACCCCUGGAUCAUGGCAGCACAUUCUCGACCAAAUCGGCAUGUUUAGCUUCACAGGCUUGACUGAGGCGCAAUGUAAAGUCCUCACCGAAAAGUACCACAUCUAUCUGCUCAGCUCUGGACGUAUCAACAUGUGCGGCCUGACCACCAAGACUGUGGAUUACGUUGGUCGCGCGAUUCUCGAUGUUGUCAGCAAUGCUGGUUCCGCUUAAACUGCGCGACGGCUUUUCGGUUACUUCCACGCUGAUUAUGUUGAAGAAUAACACUAUUGAUUAACAAACAAAAAAGUAGCUCAAAGAAAUGAUUCGGAAAUG